AGUCUUCACCACUUCAUCAGGUCUGAGAAAACAUAAGAUGAUUCACACUGGAGAUAAACCGUUCACUUGUGAUCAGUGUGGAGCAGCUUUUACCCAAAAAAGUCAUCUAAGGACUCACCAACGUAUUCACACUGGAGAUAAACCGUUCACUUGUGAUCAGUGUGGAGCAGCUUUUACCACAUCAAGUUAUCUAAAGAUUCACCAACGUAUUCACACUGGAGAAAAACCGUUCACUUGUGAUCAGUGUGGAGCAGCUUUUACCCAACGAGGUAGUCUAAGGACUCACCAACGUGUUCACACUGGAGAUAAACCGUUUAGGUGUGAUGAGUGUGGAGCAGCUUUUACCCGACAAAGUGAUCUAAAGAUUCACCAACGUAUUCACACUGGAGAUAAACCGUUCACUUGUGAUCAGUGUGGAGCAGCUUUUAGCAGACAACAUAAUCUAAGGACUCACCAACGUAUUCACACUGGAGAUAAACCGUUCACUUGUGAUCAGUGUGGAGCAGCUUUUACCACAUCAAGUUAUCUAAUUAUUCACCAACGUGUUCACACUGGAGAUAAACCGUUUAGGUGUGAUCAGUGUGGAGCAGCUUUUACCACUUCAGGUAAUCUAAGGACUCACCAACAUAUUCACACUGGAGAUAAACCGUUCAGAUGUGAUCAGUGUGGAUCAUCUUUUACCCAACAAAGUCAUCUAAGGUAUCACCAACGUAUUCACACUGGAGAUAAACCGUUCACUUGUAACCAGUGUGGAGCAGCUUUUACCACAUCAAGUUAUCUAAUUAUUCACCAACGUGUUCACACUGGAGAUAAACCGUUUAGGUGUGAUCAGUGUGGAGCAGCUUUUACCACAUCAAGUCAUCUAAUUAUUCACCAACGUGUUCACACUGGAGAUAAACCGUUCAGAUGUGAUCAGUGUGGAGCAGCUUUUACCACAUCAGGUAAUCUAAUGACUCACCAACGUAUUCACACUGGAGAUAAACCGUUCAGAUGUGAACAGUGUGAGGCAGCUUUUACCACAUCAAGUCAGCUAAAGAAGCACCAACGUACUCACACGAGUGAUAAACUCUAAAGAUUUGAUCAGUAUGAAGUGUGGAAUUGCAAAAAACACCUCAGCACAGCAAAAAAAGCAAAAUAAUCAGACAAGGUCAUACCUAAAACUUGAAAGACUAACAUAUUUCCCCUGGACAUCUCCUGGGAAGGUGUUCCUGGCAUGUCCCACCAGGAAAAGAGCCAGGACACACCAGAGGGAAUGUCUUUUGGCUGACCUGGGAACGUCUCUGGAUCCCUCCAGAAGAGCUGGAUGAAAUGUGUGGGGUGAGGGAAGUCUGGACAUCUCUGCUCAGACUGCUGCCCCCGCUAACCAGUCCCACAUCAAGUGGAUGAAGAUGGAAAAAAUCCAUAUAUCUGCAAAA